AUGAACAUCCUACUGAGCCUGGGUCCCAAAUUUGCGCUGCCCUACACCAACGCAAACCAGAUCCCGUUUUUCCAUCUCAUCGCCGACGUGGAACACAUUCUGGCCCAGCAAAAGAAUAGGAACAUCCGCGACGACACCAGAUGCCAGAUCAUCAACAAUACGCAAAACUACAUCCAUCGCAGACUGGUCCACACGGGGCUAACUCCGCUGGAGAAGUUCUGCAACACAGCCAUAAACAAAACAAAACAGUUUAUCCGAUCCAACCCGGACAUUCUGAUCACCGAGGCGGACAAGGGCAACAGGACCGUAAUCAUGUACUUGGACGACUACAACAACAAAAUGCUGCAGUUGCUCAACGACACCAAUACGUACAAACCCUGCAAAUCGGAUCCAACCAGUACGAUCAAGGAUGCCACAAACACCUUGGUCAAGCGACUGGCCACACUCAAACUCAUCGACAACGACACCAUCAAGUUCUUAACCAGCAAAUCUGCAACCUGCCCCAUGAUCUACGGACAACCCAAAGCCCACAAAGCCGGUCUCCCCCUCAGGCCCGUCGUCCCGACAAUCUCGUCACCCACCUACAACCUAUCGAAGUACAUAGCCACCAUCCUGAAACAGGCUUUUACCAGCUGUUUCAAUGUGAAGGAUUCGAAAACCUUUUGCACCUACGUAAACAACCUCCAAGUACCAGCCGGCCACAUUAUCGUCUCCUUCGACGUAGUGUCCCUCUUUACCAAUGUCCCCCAACAUUUGUUCUACACCCAGAUUUUCGGAACAGCGAUGGGCUCCCCAUUAUCAUCCAUUGCCGCCGAUAUUGUCACCGAGCAACUACUAACCACUGUCACAACACAAGCCAACAUCCCCGCCCAACACAUCCGCAAGUACGUCGACGACCUCUUCCUGGUGAUACCGGAAGGGGCUGUCGACAACGUACUGAAGGUGUUCAACUCGUAUGAUCAACACCUACAGUUCACGUGUGAGGUUGAGCAAGACCGAAAGUUACCUUUCCUGGACAUGCUCAUCAUCCGAAAUAACGACAACACGUUAAGCACCGAUUGCUGA